AACUCUGCGACACUACGAAGCCCAGCCGUCUGUAUGAAGAUAGCCAGCUAGCACCAGUUUUAUGUAGUUUUUGUUAAUGCGGUAUCAUUUUGGAUUGCUCUCUCGGCUUAAACAGGUCCUGUCUUCAGGAUGAUAAACACAGAGAGGGGAGCUGGCGAUGCCAGUGCUGCAGAAUCCAGCAGUAAGGUCAAGGACAUAGAAAAAAAGAAGAGGUCCCGAGUCAAACAUCUGCUGGCUGAUGUGAAGAAGCAAGUGGAAUUCUGGUUCGGAGACGUCAACCUUCACAAGGAUCGCUUUCUGAAAAAGCUCAUUGAUGACUCGGAGGAGGGCUAUGUUGAUUUGUCUGUGUUGGCAAACUUCAAUCGAAUGAAGGAGCUGACUACUGACACAAAGCUGAUUGCCAGAGCGUUGAAAAAUUCUUCGGUUGUUGAGACUAACCUCGAGGGAACUAAAGUGAGACGUCAACUCCCAAUUGGAGACAAACCAAAUGACGAAGACGGCCGCACAGUCUAUGUGGAACUCUUGCCCAAGGACGUGACACACAGCUGGAUAGAAAGAGUGUUUACCAAAUGUGGGAAUGUGGUUUAUAUUAGCAUCCCCAGAUACAGGUCCACUGGUGACCCCAAGGGCUUCGCUUUUGUCGAGUUCGAGAGAGAAGAGGAAGCGCAGAAAGCCAUAGAGAUGCUGAACAAUCCUCCUGAAGACGCACCUAGGAAACCAGGGAUCUUUCCCAAGACUAAAAGUGGGAAGACUAUUCCACUCCCUGCUGACAGUGCACAAUCAGGUGAAGAAGAAGAGAAGAAAAAGAAGAAGAAGAAGAAAAAGAAAGAAGGUGCGACAGGUCAGACAUCUACACAAGAAGUCAAAGAGCAAGCGAUGGAAGCGGAACCGUCCGAGCAAAAGCAGAAGCACUCGGCAGCAGUGGAGGAUUCUGGACCCGAGUUCGCAGACGCUCCGAAAAUAUCGGGCAAAUUGUCCGAGAAAAAAAGACGACGGUCGCAGACAGCGGAGGGGUCUGAAAGUGACGUGCCAUCGAAGAUAAGAAAAACCAGUGAGAGUGAAUCUAGAGAGAAGGAGAAAGAUGUAGCAACGAGUGAUUCGCCCAGUAAGAGUGACACGCAGGGUGGAGUUGAGAAGGGGAAAGAAAACAGAGAUGAUGCAAACGUCAAAGCAAAGAGGAAGAGAAAAAAGAAGCACAAAGAGAAACUGAAGAUCGGGGAAGAAGUCAUCCCGCUCCGGGUUCUGUCGAAGAAAGAGUGGCUUCAGCUGAAGGACGAGUACCUGACGUUGCAGAAGCGCAGCAUGGCGACCCUGAAGAAGUGCAUCAGUAAGAUGGAACAGAAGGAGCACGCGAAUCGAAUGGAGACGGACCGCGGGCCUCAAGAUGCAGAUGUCAAGAAGAGCAGCGAAGGUGAAAAAGCAGCCAAGCAGGGUCCUCAGUUCACCAGCGGCGUCAUCGUGAAGAUCACGGACAUCAAGCCGCUGCCAGAGAGGAAGAUCAUCAAAGAAGCUUUGAGUAAGAUAUCUCCAGUGGCCUACAUCGACAUCUUGGAGGGAGACGCUGAAGGUCACAUCCGUUUUCACACCCCAGACGAAGCAAAAGCCGUCAGUGACCGGAAAUCAGAGCUGCACAAAAAGCACAACUGGAACCUUGAGAUUCUUUCAGGUGACCACGAGCAGAGAUACUGGCAGAAGAUCCUGGUGGACCGACAGGGCAAACUGAAUCGGCCGAGAGAAAAGAAGAGAGGCACAGAAAAGCUCAUAUCCAAAGCCGAAAAAAUCAUCAUGGCCCGAGCCAAGGAGGCUAAUAAGCACAUCCGCUUCCAAGAAGACUGAAAGUAUUAUUACUAUUUUUUUUUUGUUGUUUUUUUUUUUGCCAAGCGCACAGGUUUAACUCUGUGGACUUGAUGUGAUUUUGAAUGGAGGGGGCAGUUGGUGUUAACGUGUCCUGAGCUGGAAGAGAAUGGAAACUU